UUUCAAAGACCACAAGUCACUCAACCGUUACAACGAGCGCCGGGGUUGCAGUUCUCACCACACUCGCUCACUUCACAACCCACCAUGGCUCCCGGUCGAGUUCUCGCCAGGCAAGCGGCCGGUGCUGCGGCGGCUGGCCGACAUUCACUUACCAAACAUACCCCGGCCUCAUACCGGAGCUUCGCAUCUAUCUCACAGUCCCCGGUCAGCCCGGCAAGGAACCACAGGGUUGUUGUCGUCGGUGGUGGCUCCGCUGGUCUCGCCAUCAGCCACCAGCUCCUGCGGUCUGGCAGGUUUGCCCAGGACGACAUCGCCAUCGUCGACCCGGCAGAAUGGCACCACUACCAGCCCGGCUGGACGCUCGUCGGCGGCGGCCUCAAGGACAAAGAGCAGCUCAGGCGCCCGCUGGCGUCUCUGGUCGACCCUAAGCUCAAGCUCUACUCCGAGCCCGUUUCUAGUUUCUCGCCUGACGACAACAGCGUGCUGCUCGGCAACGGCUCCACGCUCACGUACGACCAGCUGGUCGUGGUGCCGGGCAUCAAGGUCGACCUGAAUAGCAUCAAGGGCCUGCCGGAAGCCGUGUCCAACCCGGACUCCAACGUAUCCUGCAUCUACACCUACGAGACGGUCGACAAGACGUUCAAGACCAUCCAGCGCCUGCGCGGCGGACAGGCCAUCUUCACGCAGCCGGCCGGCGUGAUCAAGUGCGCGGGCGCGCCGCAGAAGAUCAUGUGGCUGGCGCUAGACCACUGGAAGCGCGCGGGGCUGUACCAACCGCAGCAGGGCGGCAGCUCGUCGUCGCCCAUACAGAUCGCGUUCGCGACGGGCCUGCCCGUCAUGUUCGGCGUGCCCAAGUACAGCGCGGCGCUGGAGGCGCUGCGGCAGGCGCGCGGCGUCGAGGGCCUGUUCUCGCACGACCUGGUCGAGGUCGACGGCGAGACGGCCGUGUUCGCGGGCCCGGACGGCCCGGUGCGCCGCCGGUUCGACCUGCUGCACGUCGUGCCCAAGAUGGGCGCGCACGCCUUCGUCAAGCAGAGCCCGCUGGCGAACGAGGCCGGGUUCGUGGACGUGGACGACGCCACGCUGCGGCACAAGCGGUACGCGAACGUGUGGUCGGCCGGCGACGCCAGCAGCCUGCCCACGUCCAAGACGGCGGCGGCCAUCACGGCGCAGGCGCCGGUGCUGGUGCGGAACCUGCUGCGUGCGCUGGAGGGCGGCGCCGAGCCGCACCCGGGCUACGACGGCUACACGUCGUGCCCGCUGCUGACCGAGUACGGGAAGGUGAUGCUGGCCGAGUUCAAGUACGGCGGCGUGCCGCAGGAGACGUUCGCCAGGUUCGGCUGGGACCAGGCCACGCCCAGGCGCGCCUUCUACCACCUGAAGAAAGACUUCUUCCCGUGGGUGUAUUACAAAUCGAUGGUCAAGGGCACCUGGGGCGGGCCGAAGGGGUGGAUUAAUUAAUUUAAAUUAAAAGCACCUAGUUAGAUGGACUAGCACCGAAGAGAUUCAGGUUCUCGUCGUUGUUCCGAUCUCUUUUCUUCUGCAUCGUAUCAUCGAGGUGCGUGCGGCUGGGGGGGGAGGGGCAGUCCGGAUGGAAUCAGAGCAGGCAGGAGCACAGCCGGAGUGUUCGUCUAAUCUCUCCUUUGCCCAGCCAAAGACCUUGUCAGAUCUGAGAGCGGCGGCUCCCACUUUCCCGUGUCUGACCCGGCUGUGAGGCGCCUGCUGGUGUGCUCUGGGGCCUCUGAUGCCGACACCCUCGCGUCUUGAGGCUUUGCUGUCACUCUGCCAUAAAUGCUCGAAACAAGGCACAUUGAUAGCUU